AUGAGUCUCCACCUCGAGAAGCUCAUGGGCCCGGAGAUCCGCUCCGAGGAGCAGCUCGAACUGGCCAGACUGGCAGAACUGGAGAUCGCGCCGCGGACGCGGAGCCAGAUGCGGAAUCGAUUGCUGAGAGCGGGCGCGGACCACUGGCACUGGAUGCGUAGGGGCGACUUCGGGAACAAAAAGAAGGGGACGUUCCGCGUGAUUCGAGUGAGGAGCACGUGGCGGCGGCCGGACGACCCGCGGCCCAAGGUCAAUUCAUUGGUGAGAGACGUGCCCGAGUAUCAAAGAAGGGAAGGGUCUCGCUUGGUCGGCGCCGUCGCGCACGCGAACGAGACGUUAAGGACCAUCGCGGAUCGUGUUACCUUAAAUGAGGGCACGGAUUUGCACUUGGUGCCGGGCGACGCCUGCUUGUUGACUCGGGCCUGUGCCCGGACGUGUGAAGAACAAGUGAGUCAGACGUGUACGUUAUGUGCCGGCGACUUGGGGGGAGACUUGUAUGUCGUCUUGAGCGUUGCUAGGACGAACGUCGAAGAUACGCUGUUCGAGGCCGUGCGCGUCGCCCAGAAGCUGGGGUUGAAACUCGACGAAGUUUUACUAGAAGCCAUUAUCGGCGACGGCGCGCCGCCGGGGAAGCCACCAGAGAAAGCUUUUAAGCCCGUGAAGGAGGCGCCGGUGCCCACGAAGCGGCCCUUCUCGCCGCCCAAAUCUGUUGUAGACGAGUCGCGGCCCCCUUCUCGGGGCACGGCGGAGCGCUGGUCCGAGCUCAAAGAAUCGGCGGCCGCGCCGGCGCCGGCGCCGCCCUCGUCCGUCGACGUCGCGAUGACGCUCAUCGGGCGGUCGGCGCUCUUACAUCGGGGCACGUACGUCCGCGACAGGAACGUGCGCUUCUACAAGGCUAGGUACGAGGAGGACCCCGACGACAAGCCCCGCUCGGCGGGGCCCGCCUCGUCUCUACAAUUAGAAAGGGCCGGCGCCGCGGUGCAGGAUUUGUUGUAUGCUUUACUGAUGCUCGACUCGCUCCUGGACGCCGGGCCUCCCUCGUCGCCCCAGGAGUGCAUCGAGCGCGCCCGGCAUUUAGAACUGGGACGGGAGCACCAAAAAUAUUUAGCAGGUAGAAGAGCGGAUCUGAAACUCGGCCGGGAGCCGAAGGAGGAGCAGUUGCCAGACGUCGUCGGCGUCGAGGAGGAGAAGCGGCCUCAAACGCCGCCGCCGCCGCCCUCGCGGCCGCCGGGCGCGGCGACGCCGGCCGAGGCCAUCGCCGCGAUGCCCGCUUCGACGCCCGAGGAGCGGAAGGCCAAGGCCACCAAAACCUUCGGCGGCAUGCUGUCAGCGGCGCGGGGCUUCAUGCGGAGCGGCUCGCGCGAGCGCAAGACGCGGCCCAAGCGCGGUGCGUGGCAGCGACCGUCGUCCCGGGAGAACUCGUCGCGCGAGUCGUCCGCGGAGCGCUCGCGGCCCGGCUCGCGCGACGCCUCCGUCGAGCCGCCGCCGCCGCGGCGGACGUCGCGGCUUCGGGCCGCGGGCAACGCGGUCCGGUCCUUUGGCAGGCGGGGGCGGCCGCCGGCCCGGAAGGGACCGAAGUAA